AUGGCGGACAGCAACGGCAACAACUCUGGCGUCGCUAGUCCCGUGUCCUCUGCCUUUGGCAUGCACAAGGGCGGCAGCCCACGACGCAGCACCAGCCUCCGCCACAGCACCAUCACUCCCGAUAAAUUGAGCCUUGAUCAAUUGUCCCUCGACAAGGGACACAAGGACCUCCGCGAUGAGAUCCGCGCACAAUCUCCUUCCCACACAGGCGUCCACUCCGAGGCCACGCGCAAAAUUCUCGCCGGUCUCGAUGGCGGCUCAGAAUUCAGCAAAACAUCGGGCUCUGGUCGCUCCAGCAUGGAUAGCGUCUGCAGCGCCUCCAGCGCCGACUGGCCAACUCACCCCGGAGAGAUUAGCACAAUUAGCGAGCUCGCCACUCUGCCCAUCGGCUCUCAAGUUCAUAUUCGAGCCCGAAUUCACACUCAACGUCAGCUCUCCAAAGCCCUCGACUUUCUAUUGCUUCGUGACCAGACUCAGUCUGUUCAGGCACUACUCACUCGUGACAACAUGGACAUGGUUAGAUGGGUGCAAAAGUUGCAGCCAGAGUCCCUCAUCCAGGUCUACGGCACUCUCAAGGAGCCUCCUGCGCCUGUUCGCUCUGCCACUGUCCAAAACGUUGAGAUCGAGAUUCAAGCACUGCAUCUCGUCACCGCUGCCCACAACGCCCCAUUCAGCAACUACAAGCCCCCCGAGUCUUUGCGAAACCGCAUGUCGGCUCGCUUGCUCGACUUGAGACACCCCGCCAACUACGCUCUCUUCAAAAUCCGCUCCAUGGUCACCUCCAAGUUCAGAGAAACUCUCGAGAACCAGGGCUUUGUUGAGAUUAACACUCCCAAGCUGCAGCCCGCCGCCACCGAAAGCGGUGCCGCCGUCUUCAAGGUCAACUAUUUCGGCCGCAACGCCUUUUUGGCACAAAGUCCUCAGCUGUCCAAGCAAAUGGCCAUCUCUGGCGACUUUGGCCGCGUUUUCGAGGUUGGCCCCGUCUUUCGCGCAGAAAAUUCCAAUACGCAUCGUCACUUGACAGAAUAUACCGGUCUGGACAUUGAAAUGGCACUCGAGCACGACUACCACGAGAUCAUUGACGUUCUCGAUCAGUUCCUCAAGUCCGUCUUCAAAACCGUCUAUGCCAUGCCCGAGGUCGCCGUCGUACAAAAGCGCUGGCCUAGCAAGGAAUUCAAGUAUCUCGAUGAGACGCUGAUUUUGGACUUUCGCGAUGGUCUCCAGAUGCUCCGCGACGACGGCCGCACCGUGGAGGAAGAGGAUCUGUCUACUCCCGACGAAAUUCGUCUCGGUGAGCUCGUCCGCGAAAAAUAUGGCACAGACUACUACGUUCUCGACAAAUUCCCUGCCAAUGCACGUCCCUUUUAUACUCACAAAGACGCUGAGAACCCCUUCUGGACCAACUCGUUUGACAUCUUCAUUCGUGGUCAAGAAAUCUGCUCUGGUGGCCAGCGUAUCCACGAUGCUCAGGAGCUUCGAAGCAGCCUCGCUGCCGCAGGUAUGGGUGAGGAGGGCAUGGAAGACUACCUCAGCGCUUUUGAUCUUGGCGCACCACCCCAUGGCGGCGCCGGUCUCGGUCUAGAGAGAAUCGUCGCGUGGAUGCUCGAGCUCGGCGAUGUUCGCUACGCAUCUCUGUUCCACCGCGAUCCCAAGUCUCUCCCCGAACGCAAACAAACUGUUCUACCCCACCCCGAUGCCGACACAACCAAGACUUUGGAGUCGCCGCCUUCCAUCGAGAAGCUCAUUGCCAACUACGGCGAUGCUUCCAAUACAUCAUGGCUCGAUGAGAGAUUCAUCAUCUGGAGACACCCUACUGGUGCCGCCGUCGGUUAUGUAAGGCAAGGCAAAUUUGCAAUGGUCACUGGCGACCCUCUUUGCGACGCUUCGCAGUACAAGACCAUCGCCACCGCUUUCAUCAAAUACGUCACAACGGAGCUGCAUCUCGUUCCCAUUUGGAUGCUCGUAUCGUUCGAUGUACAAAAGAUUCUCGGCCACGACCUGGGCUGGCGCACAUUAUCCUGCACUGAAGAGCAGCGCGUCAAUGCCGACAAGAUUGCGGCCAACAACGACGGCCCCAAGGCCCGCCGCGUCGAGCGCGAGGGCGUCAAGGUUCACGAGGUAAAGGCCGACGACGACUUCAUCCGCCGCGCGGAUCCCGCCAUCGAAGCCUGGAAGAGCAACCGCAAGGGUAAGCAGGUCCACUUGACCGAGGUCCGGCCUUGGGUCGACAAGGAACACCGCCGCUACUUUGCCGCCGAAAAGGACGGCAAGGUUCAGGCCAUGGUUGUGCUCGCCAAGUUAUCCCCCAAGCACGGCUGGCAGGUCAAAUGGGCCCUCGACUUCCCCGGCGCCGUCAAUGGCGCCAUCGAGGUCCUCAUCGGCCACGCCCUCUCGAGCGUCACGGGCCAAGUCACUUUCGGCGCCGGCGUCUCACAGAAGCUCACCGCCGGCGAGCAUCUCCACGGCAUCCGCGCCCGCUUCCUCUCCACCACGUAUAGCUCCAUUGUCGAGAGUCUGGGUCUGCGCCGCAAGGCCAGCUUUCGCAGCAAGUUUGGCGCCCUCGGCGAGUCGGUCUACAUUUGCUACCCUAAGCACGGCGUGGGUCUGCGCGACUUGCGUGAGAUUGUCAAAUUUUUCCAGGAUUAA